AUUUUCCAAAGGAAGAUCUUCGCUCCGCAGUCGAUAGUCAACGUUUUCCGUGCUUCUUUUUAGAGUGAAUCCGAAAGUCGGAAACCAAAUAAAAGAAAAAUGAAUAAAUUCCUGAUCUUGGGAUUUCUUGCCAAUGCUGCAAUGGCGGUACCAACUUCGGAGAUUCUGCAAAACAGAGAGCUCGACUGUUUUGAGCGUGAGAAUGAAUUAUUUAGUUGUAUCUUCGUUAAAGCUGCCACUACGUUGGACAGAGCUGCCAGAUCCAGUGAUAUUCAACUGAUCGACGGUGUGAUGUUCGUACGAGAUAAACCGAUGGAACGUAGUGCGAAGAACCUAAAAACUGAAUUAGACGUGAUGAACGAGCUACCAAAGGAUACCUCCGAUAGGGCUCUGAAACUCGUCAGCAUGCUCUUUGACUCGGCCAUGUCCUUUAUGAAAAGUCACAGCUUGAAGAUCAGCAUGCCAGAAGAAUUCGGUUCUCGUGCACUGACUGAAGCUCGUGGUAAAAUCAAGAAAAUGAUUUUACCUCUGAUUGCCGCAAUUGCCUUGAAAAUUUUCGCACUGGCUCCAAUAUUUCUUGGAGGUCUGGGUUUGAUCACUAUGAAGGCACUUUUUGAUAGUAAAAUAGCGCUCCUCUUGGCUGGUAUUCUGUUCUUCCAAAAAAUGUUUAAAAAUGAUAAUAUGAUCGGCAAUAUUUUCGGAAAGGCGCCAUCACCAUCACUUGGUGGCAAUUGGUACGAACCAUCUACUCAAGGAUGGCCUUCUGCUGGAGCAGGAGUUCAACAGCAAGGAUAUUAUAGAAGGAGCUUCGACGAAACCACCGGCAAAAUCGAUUCCCAUCCUCUUGCUUACUCGGCUCAUGAACCUCAUGAGUCUCAAUAAACAACUUUUCAUUCAAUGAAUCUAUCAUUCAAGAACAUUAUCGAGAGAUCAUUGGAGUCAUAUGCGUAUCUCUCGUGAUUUAAAUGGACCUCUUGUAGGUUAUCUUGUCCACCGAUAACGACUGCUAGAUUAAUAUUUAUACAUAAUAUUUAAAAUAAUUUGUAUACGUUAUGUAAAUUAUUUAAA